AUCUAUCUAUGAUCUACUCCAUUCCACACCUCUGUCCAAAGGCUAUUGUAAGCUAACAUAGGCCAUGGCCACCUUCCAUUUCCUCACCCUUGCCUUCCUCUUCCUCUCCUCUAUCUCUCUCGCAUUUGCAGACAGAUGCCACCCAAAUGACAAGAAAGCCCUUCUGAAGAUCAAGAAAGACCUCAACAACGCCUACGACUUCGUCUCAUGGGACCCCAAAAUCGACUGCUGCGAAUGGAAUUCGGUGGAAUGCGAUGAGAAGACAAACCGCAUCACCAGUGUAGCCAUUUCAAACUCCGACCUAAAACUCCCACUGCCGGCCUCCGUGGGCGAUCUCCCGUUCCUCGAAAGCUUGUCUUUUCACAAAACUAAUCUCACAGGCCAAAUCCCAAUAGUUAUCACCAAGCUCAGUAAACUCACCUUUCUUGAUUUAAGAUGGAACAUGCUCUCCGGCCCGGUCCCUUCAUUCCUCAGCCAGCUCAAGAACCUCAACUACGUCGGCCUAUCGUUCAACAAUUUCACCGGUUCAAUCCCUCCCUCCCUCUCCCGCCUCCCAAAACUCGGAGGGCUUCUGUUAGACCGUAACAAGCUUACUGGAAGCAUUCCGGAGUCGUUUGCAGACUUUCACGAAAAGGAUUUCUAUCUCUAUCUAUCCCAUAAUCAGCUGAAUGGAACAAUUCCCAGAAGGUUGGGCCAUACAAACUUCACUCUGUUGGACGUUUCAAGAAACAGGCUGGAAGGAGACAUAUCGUUCUUGUUUGGGAAGAACAAGAGCAUAAAUACUGCCUACUUCUCCAGGAACAAGUUGCAGUUUGAUAUGUCUAAAAUGGAGUUCCCGAAGACUUUGGGAAAUCUGGACUUGAGCCAUAACAAGAUCUAUGGGAGCUUACCUGAAGGAUUGACUAAAAUAGAUUAUAUUAAUCUGAAUGUGAGUUACAACAGGCUCUGUGGUCGGAUUCCAGUGGGCGGACAUUUGCAGGAGUUGGACUAUACUGCGUAUUUUCACAACAGAUGCUUGUGUGGUGAGCCAUUGCCGGAUUGCAAAUGACCGAUGACCGCAAAAAUAAGAAUGUUUUUGAGUUUAUGUCAAUCGAAAUCUUGAUAAAAGGUUUCCACAUUAAUAAAGUUUGAUCAUUUUCCAUAAA